GAUGACAGAAAGCUAGAGCUGCUGGUUCAGCCAAAGCUGCUGUCGUACGAACUCCUUGACUUGGUGUCCUCCCACUUCAACCUCAAAGAGAAGGAAUUCUUUGGACUUGCUUUUUAUGAUGACAACGGUCAGCGUAAGUGGCUGCAGAUGGACCGCAGAGUUCUUGAACAUGACUUUUCGAAGAAGCCUGGGCCCAUCGCCCUCAACUUCCUGGUCAGGUUUUAUGUAGAAAACAUAACUCAGCUUAAGGACAUCAUAACAGUGGAAUUAUUCUUCCUGAAUGCAAAAUCUGCUGUCUGCAGUGGGAUUAUCGAAGUGGAAAGUGAGAAUGUCUUCAAAUUAGCUGCAAAUGCUUUGCAGGAGGCUAAGGGAGACUACACAAGUGAUGAAAACACUAGAGCUGACUUGAAGAAACUACCAACUCUUCCCACCAAAGUACUCAAGGAGCACCCAUCACUUGCAUACUGUGAGGAUCGGGUAAUUGAAUAUUACAAAGAGCUGAAAGGAGUCUCCAGAGGACAGGCCAUUGUGCAGUAUUUGACAUUAGUGGAAUCAUUGCCCACCUAUGGCGUGCACUACUAUGAAGUUAAAGAUAAACAGGGGAUCCCAUGGUGGCUUGGCAUCAGCUAUAAGGGCAUUGGCCAGUAUGAUCUGCAGGAUAAAUUAAAACCUCGAAAGCUAUACCAGUGGAAGCAGUUGGAAAACCUGUACUUCCGUGAGAAAAAAUUUGCUGUAGAAGUUAAUGAUCCACACAGGAGGGCAGUAACCAAACGCACCUUUGGGCAGACAGGCCUGCUCAUCCAUACGUGGUAUGCUAGCCAUUCCCUGAUCAAAACCAUCUGGGUCAUGGCCAUUAGCCAGCACCAGUUCUACUUGGACAGAAAGCAAAGCAAAGCCAAAUUAGGAGCAGCAAGGAGUUUGGAAGAAAUUGCCAUGGAUCUCACUGAGCAUGGAGGGGCAAGAAUAAACAAACUGGGAGAAGCAGGCCUCAAGAAUAACUUUAUAACAGCCAGCAAUGGGAGUCUGGUGUCAACAGGUUCUGCAGACUCUGAAAUGAGUGAAGAACAGAAGAAAGAGAAACUCUCUGAGCUGAGAAAAAAAGAGCAGGAGAUCCAAGAUAUUUUGGCCAAGAAAACAAAAGAACUGAAGAAGAUUUGCCUGCGAGAGGCGGAGCUUACAGGCAAGCUGCCAAAAGAGUAUCCCCUCUCUUCAGGUGAAAAGCCACCACACGUUAGACGGCGAGUUGGCACUGCAUUCAAGUUAGAUGACCUGUUCCCCUACAAUGAGGAUCCUGUCCUGAGGAACCUGGAGAGCAGAUUUGCUCUGCAGCAAAAGAUUGUGGAGGCAGCUAAGAAACUUGCAAACGAGCCAGAAUUGUGCAAAACUGUGAAGAAGAAGAGGAGGAGAAACUGUUUGGAUGCAAUGCACAAACUCCAGCAGGUAGAGGAUGAGAUGAACCAGUACAGAAUCAAGAAGGGAAAGAAGCCCACCCAGCGGGCCUCAGUAAUCAUUGCAGAUGAACUCAUCCGUUCGGACUGUAGCUCUCUGUCUAGUCUCCCACUGGAUGAUGAUGAUUCUGACAGUGUCAGUCAGAGGCCGCGGUCUCGGUCGGCCCAAGGUUCCCCUCAGCUCAGUCCAUUGCGAUUGCUGGGGCCAGAAUAUGAUUUGGAGAGACAGGGAGCACUGAGGGACCAUCAUAAUAACAAGAACCACAGCAGGUUAGCUUCUGAAGUCCAAGAGGCUUCCCGGUACUAUCAGAAUCCAAGAGAGGACUCCUCCACCCACAGUAGUCCCUACAAAACCCUUCCCAGACCUCCUAGAGAUCCACGCAGCAUGCCUCCCACCCCAGUUAUGACCCGCAAUGCCUACAGCAGCAGCCAGCUCAGGUCAGAGGGGUCUCCUCAUUGCUUCAGGCAUCGCAGCGGAAGUCUGGAAUCACAGUCUCAGCGAAGAAAAGACACAGACUCAGAGAAGCCAGUCUUCAUCUUGUCGCCAGCCCACCGCAGCAACAGCACAGAGGUGUUAGAGGAUUGCUCCUCCUACACAAGUCAGUCUAGUCUGGACUUCUGCAAUGCGGCCAGCUCUCACUACAGUACACUGGACUCCCGGACCUCAUCCAUGCAUCGCCUCCGCAGGAAGGUGGAAGUGUAUGGAAAUACAGGGAGCAUGCCCAAUUUGCUCCAGAACCAUUCUGGCAGUAGUUAUUCAUUUGAGACCUCAAAUUAUGCACCCAGUGCCUACUAUGUUGCCGGCUAUCCCUGCUCGGAGCCUUACACUAAUGGUGCCUAUGUGUAUGAGAAUGAAGUCGAAGGCCACUACAACGUCAACCCUUCUUACCAAAUGAACGGGUAUCAUGGACAUGAGAGAUUCAGGCAUUACAGCAGUGAUCGGGCAGAUGGUCUUUCCCAAAAUCCCUACGCAACAAUGAGGCCACCACGGAGCAGAGAGGGACCCAGAAAUGAACUGUUGGCCAAGAACAUGCAGAAGGCUCUGGUGGCAGAGCAUCUGAAAGGCUGGUACCACCGAAGCAAGGGCCACAGAGAGGGAGGGAGGGGGAUGCUGGCUGGAUAUGACUUUGACAGCGGCUCUCAGCUUAGCCUGGGCUACCAGACCAUGCCAGCGGCCUUCAGCCAUUCCAGUAGGACCACUUCCUUCUCCUCAGUGUCCUCAGUGGAGAGCACAGGCAACUGGCGCAAUCAUCUGGCAGUUGGCCUGACAGAGUAUGAGACAGCUGACACACCUCAGUAUCCUGGAGCUCAUGCGUCUCCCUUCAACCGCAGCCCUACAGACAGCAGAUUUUCUACAGAAAACAAAGUGUCUGACACAAUGCCUAAUAAAACUGAGUCAGUUGAGGUGGUUGGCGCUGAGGCCACUAGUACAGAUGAACCACCAGACAACCAUGCUAGCGCUUAAGGAGUUCUUCUGGACAGAAGCUACAUGAGCAUCCACUGAAGAGAACCAGACUAAACUAGGACACAUGUAAAGCCAUGGCUAGCAGCACUUGAAGAGAAAGAAGGUGAAACACAUGCUGUACACAAAUUCUUGGACUGCCAUAAUUAUCGUGGAAGAUGUUCCGUCCAUCUUGGCAGAGUCUAGGUGUAUGCUGUUCUGAUGUUAAACUAAACUCUGACCACAGUGAUGACACUCUUGAAUGACUUUCCCCUGUGCCUUGGAUUGGAUGAAUUGUACAGGCAGAUGAGAAUGUGUCAGUAAACUUUAAGCUGUUGCACAACCACACUAGAUUCAUUUUAAUACACCCCAUUGUGUAUUAAAGAAGAAAAAAGAUGCAAUGUUUUUACCGAAUCCAAAUCCAUGUAAUUUUAAAAGGAACUGGCUGUUGUCGUAUACAAAACAGUAUAGAAAAAAUGAUUUUCACAAUUUUAAUCUCAGUUACUAGGAUGAAAAUAGUCAUAAAUAUUACAUUCAACUUGAAAACUAAAUUUGAAAUGUUCACAAAUGUGACAAGAACUGAUUUGAUCAUCAGUAGGACAGACUGUGUGUUAGGUGAAUUUCAAUUUCUUACUUUCUUUAAAAUUUAAAUCUGAAUGUAUUACAUUCAUAUUGCUUAUAGAACCAUUUCUUUUUGUUGGUGCUGUAAUGUGUUUUAAAAUGCAUGGUGAGAACAUCAAGCUUUUGAUAAAAACUUCUUUUUAUAUUAACAGAAGACCACUGUUGUAAAAAAUCAUAUUCAUGUCUUGUUAUUUGUUUUCUCACAUAUUUGUAGUCAGUGAGUAGUUAAAUAUUGUUAGAUGUUGUCAUAAAGUAUUUUCCAUUGGGAACCAAGGAUGUUAAUAAAUACA